CAGCAUCUGCAGAGCUAAGUGCGAGUCGCCCAUUGACGACGCGGAGAGGCGCUACUAGACAGCGAUGUACACUUGUACAGAGCAGUGAGCGAGCUCCGUCCUCACCCAUGACCCUUCCCUUGAACCUGCGUGUACCCGCCUCCUGCACCCGGCGUGAUCCCGCCCUCUCUCUCUCCCUGCGUGCGGGCUUGGCGGGUGGUGUUGGCGCGCUGGGCUGUGCGGCAUUGAAGUCGUCCUGCUCCGUCUGCUCGCUUCUUCCUUUCCCGGUGUCAUGGCGCAGAGCACGCCCGGCCCCCUGCCCACCGUCCAGGCCGGCCUGCGGGAGGCCCUGCUGGAGACGCUGAGCGGCAUCCUGUCUCCGGGACACGAGGUGCGGGCGGCGGCGGAGGAGCAGCUGAAAGUGCUGGAAGUGACAGAGGAGUUUGGGAUACAUUUGGCUGAGCUGACUGUGGAUCCACAAGGUGCUCUGGCCAUCAGGCAGCUUGCAUCAGUAGUAUUGAAGCAGUAUGUUGAAAAUCAUUGGUGUUCUCAUUCAGAAAAGUUUAGAUUACCUGAGACUACUGAAAGGGCUAAGGCAGCAAUCCGCCUCCUACUUCCUCAAGGACUUCGUGAGUCAAUCAGCAAAGUGCGUUCCAGCGUAGCAUAUGCAGUAUCUGCCAUUGCACACUGGGACUGGCCUGAAGCAUGGCCGCAACUUUUCAAUCUACUCAUGGAGAUGUUAGUAAGCGGGGAAGUCAAUGCUGUACAUGGUGCUAUGAGAGUGCUGACAGAGUUUACCAGGGAGGUGACAGACACACAGAUGCCCUUGGUUGCUCCUGUCAUUCUGCCGGAGAUGUACAAAAUCUUCACCAUGAGUGAUGUUUACAGUAUACGUACCCGCUCUCGGGCUGUGGAAAUUUUUACUACAUGUGCGCAUAUGGUUUGUAAUAUGGAUAUGCUGGAAAAGGGAGUGGCACACUCUCUAAUCUUUCCAGUGGUCCAGCAGUUCACAGAGGCAUUUAUCCAAGCUCUGCAAAUGCCAGAUGGCCCCACCUCAGACAGUGGCUUGAAGAUGGAAGUGUUGAAGGCAGUUACUGCACUAGUGAAGAAUUUUCCAAAGCACAUGGUGUCCUCAAUGCAGCAGAUUCUGCCUAUCGUUUGGAAUACACUGACUGAGAGUGCUGCUUUUUAUGUCAGGACAGAAGUAAAUGAUACAGAAGACAUUGAGGAUCCUGUGGAUUCUGAUGGUGAAGUUUUAGGCUUUGAGAACUUGGUAUUUAGUAUAUUUGAAUUUGUGCACACCUUAUUGGAGAACAAAUUUAAAGGCAUAGUGAAGAAAGCUCUGCCGGAGCUGAUCUAUUACAUUAUCCUCUACAUGCAGAUCACAGAGGAGCAGAUAAAAGUUUGGACUGCUAACCCACAGCAGUUUGUCGAGGAUGAAGAUGACGACACGUUUUCUUACACUGUCCGCAUAGCUGCACAGGACCUUCUACUGGCAGUGUCCAGUGAGUUCCAGAACGAAAGUGCCGUUGCUCUUGCAGCUGCUGCUACACGUCACCUUCAGGAGGCUGAGCAGAUAAAGACACAAGGUGGUGAGAACUGGUGGAAGAUACAUGAGGCUUGCAUGCUAGCCCUGGGCUCCGUGAAGUCUGUGCUUACAGAGGGUGUACAGAGUGGAAGGGUUCAGUUUGAUAUGCCUGGCUUCUUGACCGGCGUCAUUCUUUCGGACCUCAAUCUUUCAGUUUCCCCUUUCCUGUUGGGUCGCUCCCUCUGGGCUGCAAGUCGCUUCACAGCUGCUAUGUCUCCAGAGUUGAUACAACAGUUUCUACAGGCUACAGUUAGUGGUCUGCACGAUAACCAGCCACCAUCUGUGCGCAUCUCUGCUGUCAGAGCAAUCUGGGGGUACUGUGAUCAGCUGAAGAUCUCCGAAAGCACCCAUGUGCUUCAGCCCUUUCUGCCUAGCGUAGUUGAUGGACUUAUACACCUGGCUGCUCAGUACACAUCAGAGGUGUUGAAUCUUGUAAUGGAGACGCUGUGCAUUGUCUGCAGUGUGGAUCCAGUAUUCACAGCCAAUGCUGAAUCUAAGAUCUGCCCUUUCACUAUUGCAAUCUUCCUUAAGUACAGCAAUGACCCUGUUGUUGCCUCUUUGGCGCAAGACAUUUUUAAGGAAUUGGCUCAAAUAGAGGGGUGCCAGGGUCCCAUGCAAAUGAGGCUCAUUCCCACUCUAGUUAGCAUAAUGCAGGCUCCAUCUGAAAAGAUUCCAGGUGGCCUCUGUGCGACCUCAAUUGAUAUUUUGACCACAGUUGUGAGGAAUACAAAGCCACCUCUCUCAGAACUUCUUAUCUGUCAAGCGUUUCCUGCUGUAGCCCAGUGUACCUUACGCACAGAUGAUAAUACCACCAUGCAGAAUGGUGGUGAAUGUCUUCGUGCUUAUGUGUCAGUAGCCCUGGAACAGAUUGCCCAGUGGCGAGAUGAGCAAGGUCAUAGUGGGCUUUGGUAUGUGAUGCAAGUUGUCAGCCAACUACUGGACCCACGUACCUCUGAAUUCACAGCCGCAUUUGUCGGGCGUCUUGUAUCCACUCUCAUCUCCAAGGCUGGUCGUGAGUUGGGAGAAAACCUAGAUCAAAUCUUGAGAGCGAUUCUCAGCAAGAUGCAGCAGGCAGAAACGCUCAGUGUCAUGCAGUCCUUGAUCAUGGUGUUUGCACACCUUGCAAACUCACAGUUGGAGCCUUUGCUUGAGUUCCUUUGUAGUCUUCCUGGCCCUACUGGUAAACCAGCUCUAGAGUUUGUGAUGUCCGAGUGGAUGAGUCGCCAACAUUUGUUCUAUGGGCAGUAUGAAGGCAAAGUUAGCUCAGUGGCCCUUUGCAAGAUUCUGCAAUAUGGCAUUACUAUGGAUGACAAAAGACUUCAAGAUAUCAAAGUGAAAGGUGAUGAAAUAUUCAAUAUGGAAGAAGGUAUCCGAACCAGGUCAAAGACAUCAAGAAAUCCUCAACGUUUUACAACCAUUCCUUUGCUUGUUAAGAUUUACAAGCUGAUCGUUAAUGAGCUUUCAAGUGUUAUUGAAGCUAAUGCCACCAGGCAUACAGAAGAGGAGUGGGCCCAGGGCAAUGGGGAUGACACCAAUGAUAUGUGGGAAGAUGAUGAUGAGGAUGAAGGUUUGGCUGGGCAACUUUUAUCAGACAUCCUUUCCAGCAAUAAAUAUGAUGAGGAUUAUUAUGAAGAUGAUGAAGAGGAUGAUCCUGAUGUCUUAAAGGACCCUUUAUAUCAGAUUGACUUGCAGACAUACCUAACAGAAUUUCUGCAGCAGUUUGCCCAGCAGCCUUGUUUCGCCGCCUUCUCUAAUCAUCUGAAUGAUAAUGAACGUCGAAUCCUCCAGUCAAUUGGUAUAUGAGUGCAUUGGACAUCAAAAGAGAUGAUUUGCUGUUUGAAGACAUAAAGCAGCAUUGGGAUUACCCUAAAACCUUAACCCACCUGCUGGUUGUACAAUCCGAGGGACCAACCUCUCUAUUUCAAAGAGUUACCUGCACAAUCUUGUACAUUUGGUCUGUUUUCCUUUGACCUCAUUUGGGGCCUACUUCCACUGCAUUGCCAGUUACGUGUAUAAGAUCAUUGUAACCUCAGCGGUGCACAGGGUGGCAGUGUAUGAGCGGUGUCCUCAAAAACUGUUAGGCAUUUGCUGUGUAAAACUCUACUGAUUUCACUCUUAACCAGCAACGUUGUCUUUGGCAUGUAGCAGUAUGGGUUUAGUAUGAUUGUGCUCUUCUAGCCCCUGUGGGUGAUGUCCUCCUUUCCCUUCCACACUAAUAACUUGAGAAACCUGGUGCCUUGUAUAAUGAUGCAUAGUGUUGAUACAGUGUAAUGCUAAACUGUUCUGGGCCAAGUCAACCUCUGCAUGUCCCUGUCUUCUUCCCACAGGAGGUUAGAAAGCACUUUGCUGGGAAAGUACUAGAGCAGCAGCCAGAUGGAGAUGUAGUGCUGGAAUGUAGAAUACAAUGCCACCUGAAUGGACACAAUGAAAAAUCUGGACAUAAGAUAUGAGGCAUGCAUACCUCCUUCAUCCCGAGUCCAGCUAAGGAUUAUGCACCAAUACACAUUGGAUCAUUCAUUUUUUUUUUUUUCUCCCAAGUAAAACUCUUUAGCAGUACUUAUUUCAUUUGGGAUCAGUAUUUCUAAGAGCUUUCAGCCAGUCUGAUUUGUGACGUUUAAACUCUUAUAUCAACUUUAUCCACGACAAGCAAAGCAACAACAUUGACAUUAAAGUGGUGCUGAGCAGGACAUUUAUUUACAGGAAAGGACGCUUUCAGGACUUAACAUCAACUUAAACAAAGUUAUGCAAACGAAGUUGGUGAUGGAAUACUUCCUGAGCUGUAUUAUUCACGUGACUGACUGGAGCUUCACUUUUAACCUCUCCAUUUACUACCCGCAGAAUUUGAAAACAUUUUGUGUUUUUCAUAAGUCACUUUAGGAAAAUAAAAUAUGUGAAUAAGUUAUCAUCUUAAAGUCCCAAACACAAUUAUGAUUUAUUUUUGGAUUUACUCUGAAGUAUGUUUUAAGAAUGGGAAUACUUGUUCCUAAAACGCCAUUAUUUGUGUACACAGUAUAGUUUGUUGCACUAAACAGUUUGUCAUGUCUUAAAGUCAGGUAUAAAUGCAUAUUAAUGCACAAUGCAUUCAUUGUUCAGGGUUUCCUGGCAUUUCACUAGAGCUCUGUUUUUAAAAGUGAAGUUUAAUAUAGUAUUCCAUAUGAGCCCUAUAAAAUCUAACUGAUCCACCUCUUUAGAAUAGAAUUUGAUGAGAUACAGGACAAAGCGGAGUCUGUUAAACUACUUUGACCUUUCAGUGCCUGUGCUUUUUUACCAAUACACACAGGCCAUGCGUCUGCAGAAGUGGUCUGUCACUUACUAUUACAAAUUCCUGCUCACUGCAAAGAUAUUCAAGUUUGUUGUUAAAAACAAACUAUCUUUUAUCACUGCAAUAAGCUAGUCUGUGUUUUACAUUUGCAGUGUGCUACAUGUACAUAAGAUAUUUAACCAUUGCUUAUUGCCAGUUUCAGUCAGAAAAUUGCAAGGCCAGUCUUCCCUCUUGUUACCUGCAAUAUAGUACUAAAUGAGUAAGAUUGUGUGUGUCAGUAUCUUGUAUUCUGAACAUGAACUAUAACCAGUAAACUAUGAUUAUUUAAUUAUGUUGAUAGUAA